AUUACUUUAAAAAGAAUAAGCAAAAUUAAUGUAUAUAUUUAUAUUUUAAAAACACCUUCUUACGAAAUCACUCCGCUUCUUUGGAUGUUAUGAGAAAAAUCGUAGAGUUGAAAAACAUUGAAAAUGGCGUCAGACCUUGUUAAAAGUGUUGGUGUAGACAAUGUAUAACAUUAACCUUAGCCUUUACUUUUCUUUAUAGUACUUUAGUAUAAAGGAUGGAUUCUUCAUCCAUUCUUGAGCCUGAAUUGUACUUUCUCAUCGCAAGAUUUCUAAACAGUGGACCAUGUCAAAGGGCGGCUAAAGCUCUUCUAGAAGAAUUGCAAGAAUUCAGGCUUCUACCUCAAAGAGUUGACUGGGAAGGCAAUACACAUUUCAGGAGCUAUGAAAACUUGGUGUAUAUGAACAGACACAUUAAAAGUGACCACCUUCUUCGAGUUGUAGAAAGAGUAGGAACACUUCUUGAUAAAGAAAUAAAACCAAGUGUGCCAGGAGUGAAGUCUCUUCUUGGAGCAGGCAGCCUUUCCUUACUUAGAACAGCAGAAGACGUAAAGCAAACAAAAUGGAGUCCAACCCAUCAUAUUGUACGCCAACAUGGAGUACCUCUUUAUCCACCUGCCAACCUUGUGAGCCCAGCUAUUCCUCAUGUAUUAAAAGCAAAUGAGAUGUCUGGUGUGGUUCGACAGCACAGUGUUGUCCCCACCUGCCUCUACAACAAAAUUGUGAUGCAUGGUCGCAAACUGGGUCACCUUUCUGCUGUUUAUUGCGUAUUGUUUGAUAGGACAGGAAAUUACAUAUUUACUGGUGCAGACGAUGCUCUUGUAAAAAUUUGGAGUGUUUAUGACAUGCGACUUCUUGCCACACUUCGUGGUCAUUCUGCAGAAAUAACAGAUAUGGCAGUGUCAUUUGAGAACACCUUCCUUGCCAGUGGUAGCUGUGAUAAAGCUGUUAGAAUAUGGUGCCUUAGAACUAAGGCUACAGCAGCUGUCUUGCAAGCUCAUUCCAGCAUGAUUACAUCUGUACAGUUUUGUCCCAAAGUUCAAGGAGAGAAUAGAUAUCUAGUAUCGACAGGAAAUGAUGGCUGUGUUUGUUUUUGGCACUAUAACGUUCACACAAAUGUUUUCAGCCCGAAACCCACAAAGUUCAUUGAGAAAUCUAGAGCAGGGGCACAAAUGUUGUGUUCAUCCUUUUCUCCAGGAGGAGCUUUUUUGGCAACAGGAAAUUCUGAUCAUGUUGUCCGUGUUUACUUUCUUCAUGCAAUCGGAAUAGAGAAAAUUUGUGAACUAGAGGCUCAUACUGACAAAGUGGAUAGCAUCUGCUACAGUAACAGUUUAAACAGAUUUGUAAGUGGCAGCAAUGAUGGAACAGCAAGAAUUUGGCGUUUUGAGAAGCAAGAAUGGCGAGCUACAAUUCUCAACAUGAAUGCUAAAAUAAACAGCACCCCUCAGUGUCUAGAAACAAGCAGGACUGAGAACAAUAAAGACCAGUUGAGAGUUACCAUGGUCAGCUGGAGUAUGGAUGACUUGAUGGUUUUUACUGCUGUGUCAGAUCUCUCGAUCAAAGUCUGGAAUUCUUAUACAGGCGCUUUGCUCAAAGUUUUAGAAGGUCAUGAAGAUGAAGUAUUUGUUUUAGAAGCCUGCCCCACUGAUGCACGCAUUUUACUAAGUGCUGGUCAUGAUGGCAAAAUGAUCAUUUGGGACAUCUACACUGGCACCAAGAUAAAAAAGUUUUAUAAUUUUAUUGAAGGUCAAGGACAUGGUGCUGUGUUUGAUUGCAAAUUCUCACCAGAUGGUUUUUCUCUAGCAGCCACAGAUUCUCAUGGUCACCUGUUGCUUUUAGGAUUUGGCACAAAUGAAAGAUGUAAAAAGAUCCCUCAACAGCUGUUCUUCCACACAGACUAUCGCCCUCUAGUCAGAGAUGCCAACAGUUUUGUACUCGAUGAGCAAACUCAGCAGCCACCACACAUAAUGCCACCACCAUUCCUGGUAGACAUAGAUGGAAACCCAUAUCCUGCCUCUGUCCAGCGUCUGGUGCCAGGUAGAGAGCAUUGCAAUGAGUCUAGUCUGGUGCCUCAAAUGAUAGUCAAUGCUCAUGGUGAGUCUGAAGUGAUAGGUGAUAUAGUCAAUGAUGCAAGACCAGCAGCUGCUCAACCAGAAGAUUCUGGCACAGAGGAAGAAGAAGUUGCGCCACUGCCACCUCCACGUAGGGGAAGGCCGAGCAGGAACGCCAGGUCCAGUUUAGAUGCCAUGAUACAAGAAUUGCAAAGGCAGCAGGAUGAGAGAAUCCGCCAUGAGCCCGAAGGAAAUAGAAAUGAUAAUGUCAUGUCACCACCCAUUGCCUCUCCUCCCACGCCAAGGUCUCACUUGCAGAAUCGAAUAGGCAUGAGGCGUAGUGGUGAAAUUGAAGGUGUCCGCCAAUCUCUUGGCCAUGUUUCUGUUCGUUCUACAAAGAAAGAGAGAGAUGCAGCCAAACGUCAUGUGACUGUUAGGGCUUUAGAUCUUGAAGCUUUAAGAGCAUCUGAAGAAAAGAGAUCUGCAUUUACUGAAGAGGAAAUCAGAAAAUUUGUAAAUGAACGAAAGAAAAAGUUGCUCUCCCCUCAUGAGAAUGUCAGUGCCAGUGUUCAAAACAACAAGAAACGUGGCCAGAAGACGAAGAAAGCAGCAGGAGAGAGAGCAGGGGAAACUCCUGAAAAUGUAGAAACAGCAAGAAAUAGACUGACCACGAGAGCUUUGUAUGACACAGAGGAGGAGGAUGAAGAAGAAGAUGCAGAUUCAGACAUUUGGGAAAGCGAUAACAGCAGCAGUGACUACUCUGAUUGGGUUGGAGACCAAGGCAGUAGUAACUUGGAGCCUCCCAAGCGGCGGUCUCAACGGAAGCCUAAAAGGAGGUGUCUGUCAUCAGACGAAGAGGACUUGGAUGAAGAGGAGGAAGAGGAAGAAAUGGACACAGAGGACACCACAACAGAAGAAAGCAGUGAUGAUGAGAAAGAUAAUGUCACUGAGCCGUCCACAUCCUCUAAGCGAGAGUCAACACGUCGCUCGACAAAUCAGAAAACAGUCCAACAAAAAAAGAAAAAAAUUCAGAAACGCAAGAAAGCUCAUCGCACUCCUCCUGAUCCAAAUCUUAAGCCAAUAACUGAGCUAGAUGAGAAGAUGAAACCGCCUGAGUGGAUCACCACAGUCAUUCCUAGAAAGGCUCCCUUUGUGCCUCAGAUGGGCGAUGAGGUUAUAUACUUCCGCCAGGGUCAUGAGCAGUACCUCCAUGCUGUGCUAAGGAAAGAGGUCUACAAUGUUGACAUUGACAAGAAUCAGCCUUGGCAUAAAAUUCCAAACCUUAAGGCUCAUGAAUUACUGAAAAUAGUUGGCAUCAAGUGGCUGAUCAAACCAACUCGACUUUGUUGUCUUAAACUGGCUUUUAUGGAUGCCAACUCAAGCAAAGUCACAGGGAAAAGUUUUACAAUAAAAUAUCAUGAUAUGCCUGAUGUGAUAGAUUUUAUAGUGCUUAAACAACAUUAUGACAUCUCUGUCAAUAGAAACUGGAGGCCAGGAUUGAGGUUCAGAUCCAUGAUAGAUGACCAGUGGUGGAUGGGGGCCAUCAAAUCUCAAGAACCACUCUGUCCAGAUUACCCAGAUAGCUUGUACCAGUGUUUUAAUGUGCAGUGGGACAAUGGUGAACACGAGAAACUCAGUCCAUGGGAUAUGGAGCCGAUAGAUCCUAAACGUAAACCAGCUGUAGUUGGAGGUGGUGUUGGAGUCACACAGGAUGAAUACAAAGCUUUGUUGUAUGUUCCAAAGAAAACUGAAUGGCCAUCUUGUGGUAGGGAAGCAGAAUCAAGGCGAUUGAUUCGAGGACUGGAGGCCCUCAUGGAGCAUUCGUUGGCAGAGCCAUUCAUUGCCCCUGUUGAUCUGCAGCAGUUCCCUACCUAUGCUUGCUUUGUGCCUUAUCCCAUUGACUUGAGCACUAUCAGAACAAGACUUGAGAAUGGCUUCUACAGGCGAGUAACAGCAUUACAGUGGGAUAUUCGUCUUCUGGCAGCUAAUGCUAGCAUCUUCAACAAAACUGGAAGCAAUAUAGUCAAGAGUGCCAAUGUUGUCUCCGAGACUCUGCUCAGGUUUAUCAAAAACCAUGAGACUGAUGAGCCAUUAAGCUUACUGAAUGAAUUAGCACAUAGUGAAAUGAAGACCUGUUCCAGUGAUGAUGAUAGUCAGCCAGGAUCUUCUGGGACCAACUCCAAGCCCCAGAGCAGCUCAUCUCGGAGAAGAUCAAGCAAUAAACUUAACCCUGAGGCAUGGCUUGAACAAAGCGAGUCACUACUGGCAAUGUUGUUUGAAUGUGAAGACUCUGAACCUUUCAGAAUUCCAGUCAAUCCUGCUGUCUAUCCGGAUUAUGAAGAUAUAGUGACCAACCCAAUGGACUUGACCACUGUACAUACAAAGUUAGCCACUGGUCACUAUGGAAAUCCAGUAGACAUGAGUCGGGAUAUUCGACUUAUCUUUCAAAAUUCCAAACUUUAUAAUACCAAUAAACGCUCAAGGAUAUAUUCAAUGACCCUUCGUCUUUCUGCCUUGUUUGAGGCUCAAAUUGUAGAAAUUAUUGAUGGCUGGAAGGCAGCGCUGAAAGCUUCUGGUCGUGUGAAGAAAAAGUCCCGCUCAAAGAGAUCAACUUCUCCUCAUCCCUCUACUUCCUGGGACACUCUGACCUCCAGUAUAAUAGAUCCAUGUCAACCAUCGACUUCUGGUCAUUCUCAAAAAACAGCUUCAAAUGGCUUAGGUUCAGGAGUUUUGACCAACGGCUUAUCUUCAGGAAAAACAAAAAUAGUGAAUGGCUGUGGUGACGACUCGGAUGCGACAAUUGUUGACGAGGACAAGAAGGAGGAUGAAUGUGAUACUGAAGUGUGUGAUGAGGAGGGUCAUAUGAAUGGACACUUGAGCCAUUCUGACCAUGAGGAGGAGAGCUACGAUGACGCAGGUGAUGAUGACAAAGACUAUAGGCCAACUAGCAAGUACGUGAAAUCCUCAAGGUCUGGACCCAGAGGGAAAUCUUCCAAGCGUGGCAAAAGUAAAUCUACAAGACCACUUCCAAUUCGUUCAGCCAGCGAGCGUCUUAAAAAAUCCAACAUAUUUUAUACAUCAGAUGGUGACAGUGACGCAGAUCUGCUUUCAGAAGAGGACAAUGAGAUGGAGGAGAGAGUCUCUUAUAGAUCAAGCCGAGGCAAAGCUAACAGGAUUCAUGACGAUUCAGAUGACGGGACUUCAUCUGAUGACCAUUUACCGCCUGCGCCGAGAAAAGGGAGAACUUCCAAAGGCGGCAGCAGCAAAAAUAAACAGGCUAAAUCUGGUCAGAGCUCAAAGUAUUCACACAAAAAGUAUGCCUCAGACAUUGAGGAGACUUUGACCCACAGGAAAGCUCGCAGCACAAGGCCGAAAAGAAAUCAAGUGCUCCACUCAGAUGAUGAAGACUUUUCUGAUAAGAAAUCCUCGGCACCUGCCUUAUCUCGUUCAGCCAGGUCUGCUAGGUUUAGAAAAAAAGAUUACAAUGAAGCAGAUACUGAUGACCAGCUGGAGGAAAGUGAGAGUGAUGAAGGCAGUGAUGAGGAUGAUAAAGAUUCCUCAGACUUAGAGUCAUCUGAUGAGGACCUUGAUCAGGACUCUGAGGAUGAGCUUAUCGCUGAAACUUUAAAAAAUGGUCCCUCUAAGUCAUCGAAAGGUAAAAAAUCAGCUAGGCUUGCAAAACGUUCUAAAAUCAAUCACUCUGACGAUUCAGAUAGUGACGGUAACUUGCAGAGAAAGCGCAAACGCUUGUCUUCUCCAGUUAAAUCUCCCAAAAAAAUUCCCACUGUGAAAUCCAGGUUGAAGACUGCAGCACCUAAAAAAAAUUCCUCUAGCAAAGAUGGUGCUGGAAGACAAACCAGGAACAGGGGCAAGCAGAGAGUGACCUACAAUGAUGACUAUUCUGAGGAUUCUGAAGAAGAAAUCAGCAAAUCUAAUGAUGUGAACAAUUCCGACAGUGAUUCUGAUUCUUCUGUUAAUCAUUCCAGAAGCGUGAGCAGCCGAGGCAGGGUGAGGAAGCUAACAGCACGUGCCAAAGCAAGUUUAAAAGGUCACUAAUAAUGGUUUUGUAUUUAGAGAUAAAUUGUAUUUGUCUUUUAGUGUAGAACUAUUAAAGUAAUACCCCACACAUAUCCAUCGUAGUCUAAAGGCUAAACUCACACCACUGUCUUGCUAACCCUGUUCUUUAUUCAAACUUCAAAUAUUUAUUUUUGUGUAAAGUUUGCAGGAAAUGCAUGUUAAUUUGUAUAGCUCUUAAUUUCUUUAAAUUAUUUUAUAGUUUUGUAAAAGUUGCAAACUUUGUUAGAAAUUUUAAAAUACAUUUUCUAGGGCCAAAAAUUAUUUUUUUUAAGUUAAAUAUAACCUGACCAGAGGUACUUGCAGAAUUGUAUAAGGACAUUGAAACAUAUUUAAAAUAUUUGGAUACAAACUAGUCAAGGACAUUAUCUUUGUAUCAACAUUUAGAUCUAGUUUUUUUUGCCUCUCUUGGUAUGGAGUAGCUGCCUUUUGCACAAGAGUCAUUGCUUGAAUAACUAGCUUCUUUAUCCGCAUUGCAUUUUCUCCAUUGUGUGAAGAACAGCUGUUUGACAAAGCAUAAUCUGUACCAAAUCUUUCUUAGUGUAUAGUCAUACUUUUUUGUGAGUCUACUUACUUGGUACUUUUUUUUUUCCUUCCAGUGUUGUUUGUGAAUUGUAAGAAACAGGCAACUUGUCAAAUAUUGUAUUCAAUUAUUGAAUUAUCGCUCCACAAGUUUUUACAUUUUUGUUUCAUUCAUAUUUUUGUUUAUUGCAAAUUUUUUUAGAAGGUAAUAAAAUGGAACCUUUUGUGCCUUAGUUACUCAGGGAAUUUUCUAGAUGUUUCUAUGUGUGCUGGAACUGUCCUAACAAGACUUGUACAUUACUGAUUGUAUGGGGAAUUUAGAAAGACUUGUAUUAUUAGUCUAGUUCUGUUUCUAGUUCUUUCCUCUUUCAACUAUACAUCAAGUUUUAAUUGUGAUUGUUUUCUGAACAUCUUUGUCAUGGCAGGUCUAUUGUAUUAAAUAUUUAGAUGUAUAUGGAGCUCUAAGCCUACAUUGUUAAUUCCUUUCACUCAAACAAUGCAUUAGUUUUUGUAAAUGUUGAACAAAAUUUGUUUGGAGGUUAGAGUUGAUUCAUUUAUUCCAACAGUUCAUUGUUUUUAAUUUCCAGGCUUGUUUGUUGAAUUGCACUUUUGAAUUUUUGGCAAAAUUUUGUAGACUGAUUUUUUUAUUUUUUUUUUUAGUAUUUAUAGUUUUAACUUUCCAUUGCUGAUAUUGGCUUCACUAGUUAAUAACAAAAAAAACACACAGAUCUAAGAUUACAAAAUAAAAAUUAUUAAAUAAAAGACAAAAUAAUGUAGCAAUGUUGAAAGAAACCUCAAUGUUAAUUGAUUAAGACAUCAAGGAUGUUACCUUCAGCCACGCCUGUUUCCUGGUUUUCUUCUAUUACAUGUAUAUUGUGUCUAUGGAGAUGUAGAUACUCAUCUGCUCAAUCUUCCUGUGUUACAAGACUUGAUCCAUUACUUCAACAUGUCCCAAUGGUCAAGCAUGAUCCUAUCCUCUAAUUGACAUGUGUUGCCUGUCAAUUAUUGGCCAUGGUUGAAGUGAAAUCAACAUCUUCUGUGUGUGGAACUCUUCUGUAUGCUAUUCAAAUGAUUUUUUAUCAAAUCUGUAUAUGUGUGUGUGUGUCUUGAGAAGUUAUAUGAAAGUUUGAGCUUUUCAAUGCUGGUGUGUGUAGAUAGGUGUGAAGUACGAAUCAAUGCAUUUCUUGGUAGAUGAUAGCUUUCAAAUGUAAACUAUCUCCUUCACAUUUGUGUACAGUUCAAAUGAUAACAAACUGAAUGAAAAGUGAUUCCAGGAGCUUGAGUAGUUGAGUUGUUUUUUUUCCAGUGAUUCAGAAUGGUUGAGUUUUUUUACUAGAUGUGUAUAUAAUGGAGUGAGAAUGUUCUGUGAGACAAAACUCUUGUAGACUGAUCAGAUUGUACUACUGAUUUUGAAUAGAGUAGAAUGAUUAAACCCAGAUUUAACCUAGUUUCUCAUUUUAAAAAAAAAAAGACUUAUCAUAAUUGUUCCUAAUUAAAAUAUAAGAUUGUCAAUAGUUAUUCAUUUUUUUUCUAAAUAAUCAUCAUUUUCAGUAAUACAUUAAUAUAACAACGAAAGGAAACACUUAAUUUUACAAAACAUGCUUGAAUAUUACAAAACAUACUUAAUGUUAUUUUAGUUGCUAACACAUUAUACUGUGUUUCACUUAGAUAUUUUUAGCUCAUCACAUUUGCAUUAUUUUCCCUUUUAAUAAAAUAUUUGACUUCGACUCCUUGAGUCUUUUCAUUGAAUCAUGUCUUAAGAAAAUAAUAAUCCUAAAAUUAAAUGUAUUGCCAAUAUGGAGUUGUAAGUACCUGAACUUCUACAUUGGUAGUGCUGUACAAAUUGGUCUCUUAUUUAAUUGUGUAAAAGAGUAUUUAGUUUGUUAUUUGGUUAUUUCAUUAAUUUUUUUUUGUUACCAGAGCUGAACUUUAACCUUUUGUUUUGUAUAAAAGUCAUGUUGUGCCAUGUUUAAGGCAGCAAAGGUAAUAAAUAAAUCUUGUUUUCAAAGUGGAAUGAAAUGUUUUGUCUUUUGUUGACUAUUUAACAGUGUGCCCUGGUGGGCUGAAUGUAACAUUGUCUCUGGUAUUGGAACGAAGACAUGUAUUGUUAUGUAACAUUGUCUCUGGUAUUGGGACGAAGACAUGUAUUGUUAUGUAACAUUGUCUCUGGUAUUGGGACGAAGACAUGUAUUGUUAUGUAACAUUGUCUCUGGUAUUGGGACGAAGACAUGUAUUGUUAUGUAACAUUGUCUCUGGUAUUGGGACGAAGACAUGUAUUGUUAUGUAACAUUGUCUCUGGUAUUGGGACGAAGACAUGUAUUGUUAUUGCAUUAAAUAAUAAACAUCUUGAUUAAGUAAA